AUGUUUAAUGAAGUACAAAGCGAUGAAACAGAGCUUAUUAUUGCCGAGAUUAAUGCCAUGAGUCAACUGGAACUGAUCGAUGGUACCGCCUAUAGUAAGGUCUUUGUGGACUAUCAAAUGUCGUCGCUUCAAGAUAAGAAUCUCUUCAAAGAAUCACUGUUUCAAGUGUUUUUGGACAUGCUACAUGAUCCGAAUGUGGUUAAGUAUGUUUUGAUGUGCCAUUACAAUAUAGUAUACACCUUUUUGGCCAAGUAUGCGAUUGAGAAUGGCACUGAUGGAGGUAAUGAAGGUGGCGAGGAUGGCGAAAACAAUGAGGGUUAUAAGGAUGAUGCAGAUAGACAUAUUGAUUUCAAUGAUAAGGAUAUUGAUCUUAAUGAUCAGAAGAAGGAUUUUGAGCGCAAGGAUCAGACUUCGAGCUCUAGUACGAGAGAUGAUGCUAUUUUGCACAAUACUGAUGAAAAUGACUACGAUACUCCUUGUAGCACGAAAAAACAUACUCAUGAUCACGAUGAUGACAAAAGGGACCAUUACUUGAACUUUAGUACUCAAAGUGUUACUAAUGUGCACGAUACUGAUAAAGGUGAUCAUGACGCUCCAUGUAGUAACAAAAGUCAAGGAGAGGAUCAUGAUGCAUAUAUGAAUGUAGAGAACGAAGAAAAGGACAGAAAUUUGGAUUUCAGUACGAAAAAUGAUGCUAAUAAGGAGGAUACUGGUGAAAAUAAUCAUGAUACUCCUUGUAGCACUAAAAAUGAUACUAAUCAGCACGAUGAUGAUAAAAAAGACUAUAAUUUGAAAUUUAGUACUCAGAGUGAUACUAGUUUGCACGGUAUUGAUGAAGAUGACUAUAGUACUCCUUGUAGCAGGGAAAGCCCAGCUAAAGAUCGUGAUGUCUACUACGAUAUUGAGGAUGACAGACGUGUUCAUGCUUUAUCUUCUAGCACUAUAACUAAUGCUAUUAAGCACGAUGCUGACGAAAAACACUAUAACUUGGAUAACAGUACUCAUAGUGAUGCUUAUGUGCACGAUGAUAAGUACGACUCCAAUUCUAACCCUCAAAAUGAAGGAAAUCAUCAAGACGUCUACUGUAACGUAGUCAUACCAUUGAUAGUUCGUCUCAAGUUAUCGACUGAAAUUUCAGUCGAUUUUGAUGAAAUUUUUGAAAAAAAUAUUGUCAUCAUAACUCAGCAGACAUUUAUGAAUAGUAUGAAGCCAGCAAUACUGUUAGAUUCAUUGAAUUUGAUUAAAAAUGGGAUAAAAUCUUCUAACUGUUACCUUAACAGAUGGAUGGAAGUGAUUAAUGAAGCCUUUUUUGCCAAAACUAACCAGAUAUUGAUGUACUCAAAUAAUGAACCAUUGCUUGAGUGUACAAUAAUGGUUGUUAAACAGAUUGAACAAGGUUUCAUGACACCUGAAGAUGGAAUAUUCCUGAUAGAAAAUGUAAAACAAACUAUUCAAAGCCGAGACGAUGUACUAGUUGAUACGCUGAUGAAGUUACUGUUGGAUAACAACAUGGUAUGUUGAUUGGAUUUUGUUGUUUAGGUCUUUGUUUUGUUGUUAUUAGUAGUAAGCGUGUAUUUAUUAGGCUAAUGGUUAGGCUUAAUAGACUGAGGCUUAUUAGUCUUAACCUUAGCAGGCUUAGACUUUGGUUUAAUAGGCUUAAGCUUGGUAGGCUUAAGCUUACUAGGCUUAGGCUUAUGCUCAGUACUUAGAUUCUGAGGGUCAGGCUUAGUAAGCUUGGGCUUAGUAGGCUUAGGUUUAGUAGGAUUAGUAGACUUAGGCUGAGUAGGCUUAGGCUUAGUAGGGUUAGGCUUAGUAGGCCUAGGGUUAUUAAUCUUAGACUUAAUAGGUUUAGGCUCAGUAGGCGUAGGCUUUGUACAAAUUUCUAUAUUUGUACAAAGCUGAAAAUUUUGAUUUUUCUAUAAAAUUACUGACCGCAAAUGUAAAAUUUAUUCUUUCUAUGAACUUUUUGACUAUUUUGUAUGCUAAGCUUAAGAUCUCAAGCCGCGUCAAAAAGAAUUGAUCAUUUUUACUAUACGAAUACAUUGAAAACACCCAAUUCUUUUUGACGCGGACAUUAUUUAAACGUUUUUAAACUUAAAAUGAGUUUUUUCUAUAAACUUUUUGGACCGAAUAAGUACAAAUCAACAUUUCUACGAACUUUUUGACCUUCAGAACAAAUAUUUGCUAUCAUAAUUCAUAUAAAAUGGCUUUUUUGACUCUGUCGUUUAAUUUUUAUGUCGUUCUUUAUCGUGUUGACGUUUUUUUGAGGUUUAAACUUGUUGUAUCGUUUUAGAAUGAGGAUCUACAGCUUUAG